AUGUCUACCGCCAAACAUGAGGUCUGCGUCGACUGCGAUCCGCCCAGAAAUGACGCUUCACACGGGUCCCGAGGCUCAGCGCAGCCUUCUUCGCAUUCGCAAGCGCAGGCUGAAUCAUCCACGUCCACCUCCGCCUCCGCUACCGCGGCACCCUCAGCGCCCAGUGCGGAUAUGCAGCCCCCAUCAAAGGUAUAUCCGGCGAUCACCAUAGAGUUCUGCGACCGGUGUAGAUGGGCACCCCGAGCGACCUGGAUCCAGACUGAACUGUUCUUGACGUUCCCCACGCCGACUAUACAGUCUAUCACGCUUAUACCGCUGAAAGCGGAAGAGACGGGUGGGAGGUUUAGGGUCUGGUUGGAUUUGGGGGAUCGGGUGGAGAUGGUCUGGGAUAGAAAGACUGAAGGCGGCUUCCCAGAGCUCAAAAUCCUCAAGCAGAAAAUAAGAAAUCUCGUUUCGCCAGAUAUGGGCCUAGGGCACUCCGAUAAGGCCGGAGCGAAUGGACAUGGGGCUGUGACUAUCCCAAAAGCGGGGGAGGAGGUGGCUGACAAGGCGGAGGUCAAGGCGGUAGAUGCAGGUCAGGGAUGA